AUGUCAGUCUACAAUAAACUUUCCGAGAUUUCUUAUAACCCCAAGGUCAGGGUUUGGCGUUUCAGAGUCAAACUACACAGGAUCUACCUUUUUUGUUCCUAUGUUACCAACAGGGGACCCUUCUAUACCUAUGUCCUAGCAGAUGAAGAUGGGUCCAAGAUGGAGAUGACCGUCUAUGGGGAUUAUGAAAGGUUUAGAGGCCUUGAGAACCAGAAGAGAAAAUGGGUGGAAAUCUUUGUGGUAGAAGUUGAACGUUGCUAUCUAGGUUUCCAGGCAACUAACGCUUGGUUCAAACUAACUGCUAUGCCCAUCACACAAGUCCGCAUCAUCGAUCCUCUUAACGAUCAGCUUUUCAUUGUCUUCAAGAACAUUCAUGCAAUCCCUCACAUGUCCCACAGGGAACAAAACUAUCCCAUAGAUAUAAUGAGAGUGGUCUUCAACACGGAAGCCCAUUUCGAUGACCCUCGAGGACCAAGGAUGAUAAAAUGUGUGGCAACUGGCAAACAUGCCUAUGACUUCCGGGAUGGUCUUGAAAACAUGAAAGGUGGACAAGUGAUUGUGGCUCUUAAGAUGUGGAGGGUCUGGAAGUUUUGGAAUUAUUUUGGUCCUCCUGAUAUAUGGCUUGAGACCGAAGGUGGAAUUUCAGACUUCAGGUUCAAUCCGCGUUUUUCCGAGAUUGAGAACUUCAUGCAGUCUCUACUAAACAGCGACCCUUAUGUUCUGAAAUAUGGGGUUGAAGGUCUUGUGUAA